UCCACAAUGCAUUACCUUUUGUAGGGUUUGGAUUUUUGGAUAACGCAAUUAUGAUUGCUGCGGGAACCCAAAUAGAGUUGUCAAUUGGAGUUGUCCUUGGAAUUUCAACUAUGGCAGCUGCAGCUUUGGGAAACCUUGUUUCAGAUUUAGCUGGACUGGGUCUUGCAGGUUAUGUAGAAGCUUUAGCUUCACGUCUAGGUCUGUCAAUCCCUGAUCUGACACCCAAACAAGCUGAUAUGUGGCAAACGCGUCUUAGUGCACACUUGGGUAAAGCUAUUGGAGUGACCAUUGGCUGCAUUUUAGGAAUGUUUCCUUUGUUGUUCUUCGGUGAUGAGGAAGAAAAACUGGAAGAAAAGAAUUAACCUUUUUACAAGACGUAUACAAAUGUAAACUACUGUACCUCAAUUAUUCAAUUAUGCUGUCAAUAUUUAGGAAUUAACAGACAGUAAAAAUGUAUAGACUUGGGAACAAAACCUUCAGCAUGUUGUUUUACGGAAACACUAAUUUAUUGUGGCUUUGUUGUGUUCAGUACUUCUUUUUAUAAGAUAUCAUCUAACUUUUUAUUUAAUUGUAAAUUUUAGAAGUGUUUUCACUUAAUGGCAACUGAUGUUUACCACUUUCCCCUCUGACCUUAUUCUUUAAUGGAUUAUUACUUUAAUAAUCCACCAUGGAUGACAGUAUCACUCUUGAGUUGUGUAUUGGUUGCUUAGCAGUUGUAAUUGCAUGACAGAAAUCUCACUGCUGUUCGUCAGGUCCUUCAAUGCAGAUUAUUAAGGAGGUUCAGUGAUGAGUAAUUUAAGUCCCUCACUUUGCAAGGUGACUGGUUGCCCCCUCACCAGCCAUCAUUUUGCACUGCCUUUAGAUUAGAUAUUUGAGUCAUCUACAACAGUCUAAUUUGCAUUUUUUCACAAUUCUGACUAAGUGUCUCUGAAUUGUCUUCCAAGAUGAUCAUUUUAAUGCUUUGACAAGGUAAGUGUUUCCAGUGUAGGCUCUUUACCAAGUCAUUUUUUUAGUACACCUUCUGUACUUCCAUAUUCAUGCCAUUUUCCUUUGUAAACAAUAUUUUGAUAACUGAGUUGAGAGAUCCUUAAAUUUGUCUUGCUGAGUUUUGAGUGUGGUAUUAAAGAAUUCAGACCAACUGUUUCAAAACCAUAAACAACUUUUUUUUAUUGUACUGCUUAAAAUAAGGUGUGAACAGUUGAUUGGGUGGACAA